AGAGCGAAAUUCUAGCUGUCACAACAAACAGCCGCUUUCGACGGGGAAACAAUUUGUUUACAUCCCGGCUUUCGUACAAAAUCGUCGAAAAAAACAUAUUUCCUUGUAAAAAGUGAAUAAAGUUUGUUAAAUUUUGCAUUUAAAAACCCACAACACAUCACCAAAAUGGUGGACCGGCACGAUCAAACGUUGAUGGACAAAUCGAUGCGUUCGGUUUUCGUUGGAAACAUCCCGUACGAAGCGACAGAAGAAAAGCUGAAAGACAUCUUCUGCGAAGUUGGCCCGGUCCUGUCGUUAAAACUGGUGUUCGACCGGGAGAGCGGCAAACCGAAGGGGUAUGGCUUCUGCGAGUACAAAGACCAGGAAACGGCGCUCAGCGCAAUGCGCAACCUGAACGGAUACGAAUUCGGCGGACGAGCACUGCGGGUGGACAACGCGUGUACGGAAAAAUCGCGCAUGGAAAUGGCCGCCCUGCUGCAAGGACCCCAGGUAGAGAAUCCGUACGGCGAGGAAUGUGAUCCGGCCGAAACGCCAGACCUGAUUGCGAAAGCCGUCACCGGGCUGCAGCCGGACCAGAUGUACGAACUGAUGCGGCAAGCGAAGGCCUGCAUUCAGAACGACCCACACGAGGCACGAAAUAUGUUGCUGGAAAAUCCACAGCUCACGUACGCCCUGCUUCAAUCGGCUGUCGUAAUGCGGAUUGUCGAUGCGCACACGGCGCUUUCGUUUAUGCACCCGCGGCACACUAUGCCACCGGUACUGACCGAGGAUCCGAUGAGUGCGCUUCCCGUGCACGAUGUCAUUCAUCCUGCGUUCGGACCGGACGGGCAUGGGAUGGACCGGAUGCAGGGCACGUUUCACGACAGCGACGAACGCCAUUUGCUUAACGAGCGAGGCAUUCCACCGCAAGCUCCGGUUGCAAUGGACAUGGAUUUGCGCAUGAUGGAUCCAUUCAUGGGGACGCAUCGAGCCCCCGUCGAUAUGGUACCGGGCAAUCUUCCGGAACCGGCUUUUCCCCCACCGGUCGACAUUCGACCACAGCGUCCCGUCGAUCCACGGUUGCUGAAAGAUCCACGGUUGGAGCCUGCAUCGGUUGCAUCGUCUUCAACGGCUGGAUUGGCCAUGGGAAACAAACCUCCGCCUAUGGCACCCUCAUCUGCACUGGCGGAUCAUCCAGCGGCCGAAGUAGGAUCCAAAUCGAAAUCCAGUUCAAACGAUGCAUCGGACCAGGAAAAGGCGGCACUCAUUAUGCAAGUGCUGCAGCUUUCCGACGAGCAGAUUGCACUGCUGCCCCAAGACCAGCGUGCCAGCAUCCUCGUGCUGAAGGAACAAAUUUCACGAAAUGCACCAAAGUGAGCCAAACCAACUGGAAUGUAACAAUAUUACGAUUCUAAUGCAAAUAAAAACUGCAAAUUUCCCCUUUAAAAAUCCUUUCCUUUAAACUUAAUCGAAUGGCAAAAUGUUGCCUAUCUUUCCCGAAGUGUCUCCUCGCCCUCACCACGUUUUCCCACACCCAUCGCUCUAAUGGGCCAAAAGGUUCAUUAAAAAAUAACAACACGACCAGCGACAAUGAGCGACAUUCGACUUUUCCUUUACACACCCGUCACAAACACAA